AUGGGGAGAUUAUAUAUAUAUGUGGAUGGAAUGACGGAGGCUUUGAAUCUUAAUGGUAUGACUGUGAUGUGUGAGGGCAAGGAUCAGCCGCAAUUCGGCCUCGACGUAUCGCCAUGCUCUCCGCGCGGCGAAGAAAUCAUGCGAAUGCGGCAGGAACUGGAAGCUGCUCGUCGUUCAAUAGCCGAAAAAGACGAGAAAAUGUGUCGAAUGUCACGAAUUCAGGAUUCGGUAGAUGCUGAAGUUCAAGAGCUUACCGAAAAACUGUUUCAGGAAGCCUACAGAAUGGUCAACUAUGCAGAGGAACGACGUGAAAAAGCUGAGAAAUUGCUGAAUGAGUCAAAAUUACAGGUUGAAGUUCUAACAGCCGAAGUAGCAGCAUUGAAAGUGCUUGUACAGACACCAGGCAUGGGUCACAAUCACUUCCUUCGCACUUCACCUGAGCAUAAAUCUGCAUUGGCAAAGCUGUUCUCAACUUCAUCUUCAGCAAAGCGAUCAAGCUCGUCUGGGGCUAUACCGCCAAGAAAAUCUUCAACAAUGCCACCGUCUACGGCGUAUCUGUCGAGGGAACGGGAAAGAGAAACCGAGCAGAAGGAAGCAGACCUGGUUGAGGAGGUAGACCCAAUAUUGAUGUCCGAGUUUACGUCAUGGCGAGAAGCCGGACAUCCUUUUGUGCAUCAUCCAUUUAUGGAUAGAAUCAAUACUGAGGAAAUUGCACCUUGUAUGUUGUUUCCAGCAAAGGAUCUCUCUGACGCGAUUCUAGACUCUAUAGCUGCGAAUAAGCUGGAAUUGGAGCCUGUACAUGAAAAUAAGCCUUCUGUAAUGCCCUGUGCUUUGACCAAAGUUUCGAGGUUUUGUCCUUACCGUGUACGAGUUGCCGAAGAUGCCGAAUGGCAUAGAAUAUCAUUACUAGCCCGAAAUAGGAUAGCUGCUGUUUGCGACUAUUACACAUUUAUCCGCUAUUUACGGCAAGGAUUGAUCAAAUCGGGUGUACGAGACACAUACUUUGAUAUGAUGACAUUAAGGAAGAAUAUGUGCCUAGCAAAACUUGGCCUUGGAUUCGUGCCAAAAACGACGCUGCGACCAGGAUUUUAGCUUCACCUAUGCAUAUUUUAUCUUAUGAAUCUCGACAUAUGCACAACGUGGGGCGAAAGCAUAUUUGAAGAAAAAAAUGGCGAAAUGUUAUUUUUGAGCCUCUGAAUGCCAAGAGGGGUGCCCCAGAAACUUCACAGGAAUUUAAAAUAAUUUGAGGAAUACAAAAAAUAGGUGAGAAAGCAAAAACACCUCUUUCCUCUUUCAUGAAUUGGUCAAUCAUUAGUUCGAUAAACAUGUAUCUUCAAAAAUAUAGCCAAUCACAGAGCGCUUUGAGGUUACUGUAGGUAUACGGUAUGGAAAUGAAUCUGCUUGACCUGUUGAGUGGUUAGUUUAUAUGGUAUAACUACAUAUACGCUGCAUCCGUUCAUCAAGGUAGUUCCAUAAUAUGGUAUUACUGUAGGUGUAUGGUAUCCUGACUCACAGCUGUUUUACAAUAAUAAUUUUCGGUCUGGUUUUAAAAAAUUGUAUAAUCUUUGAUUCAACUGGCUUGGAGAAGGCGGGGC